AUGUGGAAGCCACCAAUAAACUUCAUCACGCUGCAUUAUGCGUAUAUUCUCAGUUUCGGUGUUCUGGCCAUGGCUAUCAUGUACCCGUAUGGCAAUCUUUCGGCUAUAGAUACGUACUAUUUUGGCGUCAGCUGCUCGACUGAGUCUGGGUUGAAUCCUCUGCUGUUGGUGCUGCGCAGUGUUGAUUUGAAGGCGCUUAAGACGUAUCAACAGAUCUUCCUGUAUAUCGUGCCUAUCAUCACGAAUUUGGGUUUCAUCAACAUCCUGGUCGUGGUUGUAAGGUUACGAUGGUUCAGCCAGAAGCUCAAGGGUAUCACGGCAGCACACCGGAGACCAGUGAGCCGUAACGAGACUAGCGAGCAGCAGGGUCAGAUUGCAGCUAAUAUUUCCGAGACGCGCGAUAUUGAGGGCGGCCUUACUGGCGAAACGGUUUCUGAGAAGAGGCCGGUAGUCCAGACUGAGAGCUCCCAAGAAGGAGCAAAAGAUGAGUCGAAAGAUGAAGCCAACUUACCGCACAUCAAGUUCGCUCCUGAUCCUAGGCUUCGUGCCAAUGAGAAGGGUGCGCUGUAUAUUCCUGGGCCGCGGGAACGCGAUAAUGGCGAGCCUAUUACCAUGACCUCCGAUGAUGAAGAUGAAGACCAAAUCAAGCCCAUCGCAGAUUCAAGCUACGCCAUGCGCCGUACCAAGUCAAACACGCGAAGUAUGCGUAGUACGCGAAGCAUGAGCAAAGCCACCUCUGUAGAUCGCGUUGUAUCCUCCAUGUUUGUCCUAGGAAGCACUUCAAGCGCCACUCGCAGCGAGAGCAAGCCCCGAAGAGAGCCCCUUGACUUGUCAUCCCUGACUCCAGAGGAACUGGGAGGUGUGGAGUACCGCGCGCUACGUGUCCUGCUUAAAAUCACCAUUGGGUACUUUUUCGGCCUGCACAUCUUCGGUGUCAUUUGUCUACUCCCAUGGAUCCAUCUCGCACCUUCCAAAUACCAGGACCUCCUCGCUUCACAUGGUGUAGACAAGACAUGGUGGGCGUUCUACUCGGCGCAAACCAUGGUCAACAAUCUCGGCCUCACCCUCACCCCAGACAGCAUGAUAUCCUUCCGUGACACAGUCUGGCCCAUGAUAGUAAUGUCGUUCCUCGCCUUCGCCGGCAACACAUUCUACCCGUGUUUCCUGCGCCUCCUCAUCUGGACCAUCAACAAGCUCUCCCCCUCCGGGUCCUCGCUCCAAGAAUCCACCCGCUUCCUCCUCGACCACCCCCGACGCUGCUACACACUCCUCUUCCCCAGCACCGCCACGUGGAUCCUCGCCACCAUUCUCAUCAUCCUAAACUUCAUCGACACCCUCCUCAUCAUCGUGCUCGAUCUCGAUAACUCCGAAGUCAACGUCCUCGCCGUCGGCCACCGCAUCCUCGCUGCCAUCUUCCAGUCCGCGUCCAGCAGACACACGGGUACGUCGACGUUUAAUCUUGCCAACGUUAACCCCGCUGUGCAGUUUAGUCUGCUGGUUAUGAUGUACAUCUCCGUGUAUCCGAUUGCCAUUUCCAUCCGUAUGAGCGAGAGCUACGAGGAGAAGCCCGUGGGACUGUACGCCGCAGAGGAGAGUCUAGAUGAGGAUAAAGGGAGCAAGACUUAUCUGAUUAACCAUAUGCGGAAUCAGCUUAGUUUUGAUCUUUGGUAUAUUUUCCUGGGUGUGUUUUGUAUUUGUAUUGGGGAGAGUAAGAGGAUUAUGAAUAAUGCGGAUCCGGCUUUCUCCGUCUUCGCUGUCUUCUUCGAAGUCGUGUCGGCGUACGGAAAUGUUGGACUUUCGCUGGGUUACCCGACGAAUGCGACGUCGCUGUCUGGUCACUUUAAUGUUUUUGGAAAGGUUGUUAUUUGCUUUAUGAUGCUGCGUGGUAGGCACAGGGGUCUGCCUUAUGCUCUUGAUCGCGCGAUCAAUCUUCCAUCUGAUAUAGUGGGUGGAGACGACGAGCAAGAGAAGUACAGGGAUAAGGAAGAUGAAGAUGUGACGUCGGUUGCAGAGGCGAGGCCGGUGGGAGCAGAGCCGAAGUUUGCGAGAGGCAGAAAGAUGAUGAGAGCGCUCACCCAGUAG